AUGUGCCCGUGGAGGCUGGUGGCCGCUCUCAGGUUUCUCUCUGGCAUCACACUGUCAAGUCAGGCCAGGUUGAGCUAGGUAAUAACGCUAUCGGAUGUGUUUUUCUAAUUCGGUGCGCGAUUCGUUUGUACUUCACGCUAGCUAAACAAUAUUACAAUUUGUAAAGAAUUGCAGCGAUAACAUACACGCGAGAUGAAAUUUUCUUAACAAAGCGAGCGUCUUACUCUUUUGCACGUGAGGUGAAGACAAAAAGAAACAAUUCAUGUGGGUCUCCGAACGUCAAUAGUCUCGACCGUCUCAGCUACUUCGUGAAAGUAAUAAUAAUAGAAACCAUGGAGAUAAUUUCGGCCGAGAUCAUGGACGAGGGUAUCGAGAAGGUUCAACAGACUAGUCCACUGGUGCAGAUAGUACGAGUCCCAGUGAAGCACGCCAAUCUAGGAAUACGAAGUCACGCCAUGGACAUGAGCACCAUGGUAGAACUCACGUCGUUCAGCACGCUCGGCAAGAUACAGCCAUUCCUGGUGACCAUCACGACCACUGCGGCUCUGCUGGUAGAUCUGCACUGUCACUUGACGGACAGGGAGAUCUGCGGCUACUUGGGUGGACACUGGGACAUCAAUUCACAUAAUCUUUCCAUAACGUGUGCAUUUCCGUGUCGCUACUCCGGCAAGGAUAAAUCAGCCGCCGCAGCCGUGGAGGCUGAGAUAGCGAGAGCCAUGGAGUGGAAGCGCGUGACGCUGGUAGGCUGGUAUCACUCUCACCCGCGCUCGCACGCGUCACCUUCGCUGCGGGACGUGGACUCGCAACUGGAUUACCAGAUCAAAAUGAAGGGGCACAGUGAUAACGGAUACAUACCAUGCGUCGGAUUGAUAUGUUCUCCCUAUAAUAUGGAUGGCAAUUGCUACGAGUCGAAUUUUAACGUCUUUUGGUCCAUGCCACCACCUGAGAACAGGCCCCACGAGUACCCUCGGCCCAUGCUGCUCAGUUACACAUUGUCGCAGGAGCAUUUUCUUUCUCAGGACACACUGGAAGAGAUUAGAAGAUGCAUAGAAUAUUACAAAAGCGAAGGUGGCAUCGACUUCACUGCCAAUUUUAAUGGUAACACAACGUACCUAGAACGCUUAAGAUGUUCCCUAGCAUCGAAAUUGCCUGGCCGAAACAGAUCAAACGGCUCGUACUGGGACGUGAUCAGGGAGAUGAUCUGUCCAGGCUCGGAGGACGGCAACACGCCGGAUUUCCUAGCCAUGAAGUUCCCCUUGGUAUCUGCCUCGGAAUCGCUCGGGCCGCCUGGCGUCAGUCUUACAGCCAAUAACGCCGUUUUCCUCACGCCGGUCAACUUCAAGCCCGACGGCGGCGCCAUAAUCACGCCUACGUCCAAGCCGUUCGUGCUGCAACCCUCGACGUCCCGCGACGGCAUCAAGAAGGACAGUUUAGGCAACGACGCCGCGUCCAUCACCCAGAUAAAAGACGGCAACCCGGUCGUGAGUUCCAAGCACAUUUCGCCGUCGGAGAUCAUACCGAGCUUCCAGUCGGGCGAGCUGACGGUGUCGGUGAAGAACGCCAAGUGCGACUACGAUUUCGCGCCGACCGACUUCUCGAAACUGCCAAAUUCCCUGGCUGGCGACGGCAGCGCUAUCAAUAAGACUCGAACGUCGACGAACACCGAUUUCCCGUUAGCGGACAUCACCCAGCAGAUCACCAAGUUCUCCGACCUGACGAAGCUGGCGAACUUCUCCACUGCUGACCUGGCGAAGUUGUCCAGCUUCUCCAUCGCGGACUUCACGCGUACCUCGUCGCCGUCACCGUCCGCGUACAUGCGCCACAUCGCCACGAACUUGUUCGGUCCGCUCGGCAAGAUCCCGCCGGCGAAAGAUGUGGAUAACAACGAGCAACGUAAAUCGACGGACUUCGUCACCGUCGAUGCGGUACCGUCGCCGUUCAAGAGCGCCGUCAGCUCGUCGGACGCGUCUCAGCUUAGAGGCUUCUCAGCGAGCGCUGAGGAUUAUACGAGCGAUCGCAAAAAAUUGGACGCGCAACUCGACUCGAAGAUCGGCAGACCGGGCGAGUAUCAGGGAACGGAGGAUCUGACAAUCUCGAGCGUUAAACCCGAUUUCGGGGGGCUGGACAUGACGACGUUGCACAAAAAGCAACAAUCAUCGCAAUCAGCUGACAUGGGGGAUUCCCUGAAUCUUUCUAAGGAUCGUUAGAAGGUGUAAGAUGUACUUGCCUAGUGAAAAAUCUCAUUAAUACUUAAUUAUAUACUAUUAAGAAAAAAAUAAUUAUAUACAUAAAGAUUUUGCAUUUAUCAUCUCUGCUCAUUUGUUUAACAAGCAAUAAGAAAUUUUAUAAGAAAUUAUUUUAAUAUAUAACGUAACGUCAAUGAAUUAAUUGAAUUGUAUUUGAUACAUAAAACAAUUUUUAUGAAAACUAUCGUAUAAUUGUGACUGUGUUUGGUAUGAAGUUUUGUCUAAUUUAAUCUAUCCAUUACAUAAACAAUGACGGUAAAAUUGUGAUACGAGAAGUAUUAUAUGAUUAAUGAUAUGAACAUGAUUAUUAUAUUAUAAUUAUAUUAUAAUUUCGAUAAUUUCAACUGUACAGUAUUAAAUUGUGUUUAACAAAA